UGAGUGGGCCUUAUGCAGGCCCUGGCAGGGAGACUCAUCAGUCCAACUGCCCUUUGACCCCUGGCCGUGACCUCUCCACCCACUCUUGCUCCACCAGACACCAUGACCACAGGAUUGGCCUAACCAUGUCUGCUGCCACCUCCUCUCUCAAGCAUGCAUCCGUCUAUGGGUUCACACAAAGGGACCACUCCUCCUCCUCCUCUUCCUCCUCCUCCUCCUACAGUCCUCUUAGGAGGCUACAACAUCUCACCACCAUGGUGAGCCAGCCUGACCUGGUCCUGCCGGUGAGGGAACCAGACAGGAGCUGGGAGUGGGGGGUGCAUAAGAAGAAGGAGAGGGGGAAGGAGAUGGAGAGAGACUCCUGGGCUGAUUGCACUAGCAGGGAUUAUUCUGGCACCCAAAAUACAAGCAGGGAGAAAAGCUUUGGUAAUUCUUCUGCUAGACAAAAACAACCCGAGGUCCAAACUGGAAGUAGAGAUGCGCCACCAGCCAAUCGGAGCGAUCCUGUCACCUCAGAGAAAAAGACAGAAGGUUGUUUCUCAGGCCCGCCUAGCCCGGCCUUCUCCCUUGAUAGCAACAGCCCCUUCGCUAAUGGCCUCCUCCAUUUUGAGUCCUCUUUAUUUGAGGAUGACGACAAUGAUCAAGUGCGAGAGGCGGUGUCGCCCAUGGGAGGCUUGCAGGACAAACAUGAGAGGGCGGGGAAUGUUCUUCACUCCACUCCUGGAGACUUAAAUUCGGACUCUAAGGAUGCUACCCUGUCGUCAGCCAAGGUCGUCACCCGGUCCCAGUCCUCGGGUCAACGCAGGAGAUACUGGGAUGGCUCAGAGGAUGAGUGGGAGAGCGACACCGAUCUGUUCCUGUUUGUGGAUAGUCCCUCAAGGCAUUCAAUGGCAAGUUUUACCCCUUAUUACCCUGCGUCAACUUGGCACACAUUACCUGGUUGUCAGGUUUUCUUUAGCAAUAGCAACAGCACUAUCAGACAGCAGAACAGCCUGAAGAAAAAGCCUUUGCCGCCUGUGAAGUUUUUAGAGGGUGAGAUUAUUUGGGCAAAGUUCAGCCGAAGACCCUGGUGGCCCUGUGAGGUGAUCAUUGACCCCAUACAGGGAAUCUAUCACAGAGUGAAAGAGCCCAGUGACCGGCCCUGUCGGCUCUACCACGUCAGGACCUUUGGUGAGCCUGUGGAGCUUGUCUGGGUGGAGGAAAAAUCAACUCACACUUUCCAUGGAGGCUUUGAAUUUGAACAGCUCCCCCUACUGCGUCGGAGGGGGAAGCAAAGGGAGCAGAACUACAAAUACACUAUUGCAAAGCGUUAUCAGGACUCCUGGAAAUCCAGUGUGGCAGAAGCUGAAUCUAUUCUCCCGGAGAGACCCAAAAUGGCUUCCUCUGUUUCUUCGUCCAUAGAUGAGGCCUUCCACGACAGCUCCACACCGGAGAGAGAGAGCAAGACCCAUCCGACCUUUCCUCCCUCCACUUCGCCUGUCUCCACCCUGCCUGAGACAUCACACGUGACCAAUGGAUCCAUUUCAUCCCCAGUUAUUUCAUCCCCAAUAACAACUCCAGCAAAGCCAAGCACUUUAAGGAAAUCUUCUGGCAAGAAGAAACCAAGCAAAUCAUCAAAAGACAUGAAUAGUAAACACUCUAAAAAGACACUGCGCAAUAGUCCUGACCAAUCAGAUAGAGAGAAUGGAGAGUGCCCAUAUUCAGACCUCGAUUCAGUCCCUAAGAUUUUGUGUCCUAAAGCACUUGAACGUCAACCUAAGCUAGUUCCUACUCAGCUGUCUGUUACGGUUGUCAAAGAGGUGAAGAAGCAGCCAGAAAUUCAAAGCGGUCUUUGGUUCAGUAAAUCAGGCAAAGACAGACGACCUAAAACAUCCAGUCCGAUGCCAGACCGCACUCUCUUUAGCAAGGCGUCGUGUAAGAAAAAGAACCAGUCAGUUGUCAGUAAAAAGAUGCUGGUUACAAGUGUCUCCUCUAGUGGAGGGACCAGUGACCACUCAGGGUCGUCAGACAAGCAUAAGAUUCUGGUACCUGCUGAAGCAAAUCUGCCUCCUGAACAGUCAGGAAAUAUGAAGUGUAAAAACACCCCGGUCGCCAGUAAGUGUUCUGAUACAACUGGCAGUCUUGCUGACCAGUCAGGACUGUCAGACAAGCAGAAGUCCCCGGUGUCUGUUGAGACCGGUGUGCCCUCUGACAAGUGUGGAUACUCAAAGAGUAGUCAGACACCCACUAAUACAGCAGACACUGUUAUUGGCCCGACGUCUGAUCAGUUUGGUAGCUCAGAUGUUAAAAAGGCCUUAGAUCCCAGCAUGAAACAAGGGAAUUCAGUAACUAGGAAGGCUCCUGUUUCCAAAGGCCUGUCUUCUGAGAAAUCCAAGAAGGCUGUCCACAAAUCAAAGCAGGUUCCAGAUGAAGUGAAUAAAGUCAUACUUGAGCAGCCUGCACACCUUCCAGCCAGCAGUCGGCUGAUGACCAGAGCCCUGAAAGCCAUGCAGGAGGCAGAGCAGAAGAAGAAGGAAAAAGCCCAAAAGGAGGCUGAGCAGAAAGAAACCUUAAAACCGUUCAAAAAAGCUGAGGACCUCGUGCGCCACUCUGCACGUAACUCCACUUGGAAUCCAGGGACCAAACUAGACUCUUGCACUAAAAGGAAAUCUCGUAAAUCUCAUUACAAUGACAACGGUGAGUGUGAUCAGGACACACUGUCUAGCUGUAGCAGCACUCCUUUGAUGCUUUCUGAUUCAACUGACUUUGAAGCUGAUGUCAAGAGCGAAGAUGAAGACCUCUCAAUAUCCUCAACUCCACCGAUGGACUUCAUACCCCUUACUUCUAAGGUAAAAGCAAAGAGGGAAGAUCAGUCCUCCGACAUAUGCUCCUCAUCCUCACCUUCCUCACCUUUUUCUUUUAUGAAUGCCUUUAAAAACGUGAAGCAGGUAUCCUUCCAGUCUCUGACAAAUGAGGGUGAUGGUAAACCCAUCUCUUUCAAAGCAAACACAAACUACAAGUUCAGCACUUUUCUCAUGAUGUUGAAGGACUUGCAUGACACUAGAGAGCGAGAAGGGGCCCCCUUAGAACUGGAGAUCGGGCCACCAAGUGCACAUGUUAAGGAGGAGCCGUUAGUGAUGCCUGGGGAGGCUAAACCCACAGGCCCAGAUCAACCAAUUGGACAUGUCAAUAACAAUUCAAAUUCAAGUCCAGACAAAAUCAAACUCACACAAGACAGCACAAGUCAGAUUUUGAAGAGGCCCUAUAACAGAAGGGGCAGCUGCACAGGAGGGAAAAAGAAAGCCAACCGCAAAGUGCCUUGUCGUCCUGCCAGGUCUGGACCUGGUUUCCCAGGACUGGAGUCCUCACCAGGAAUUGCAUCCUUACCAACAGUGGACUCGUCAUCAGGAGUGGAUAGCUCAUCAAGAGUCCAGUCCUUGUUGGGCAUGCAGACCAGCAGCUGGGAGAGGCAGGCUAGAGGUGGUGAAGCAGUGGUUCGGGAGGAGGAGGGGAAAGAGAGCUGGACCAGAGUAAAUGAGAAUCUACAGAACAUGGUGCCUUUGGAGCAGCGGGGGUCCGACACUACACUGUGUCUGGGACAGCCGAAUGGCCUUGUUGCAGACUGCACUGAGACUAACACAAGCUUGAUGAACAAUGCUGGAGGACGCGACAAGGCUCCAACAGCACAUAAGCGAAUAAGAAAACCAAGCAAGAGGCUGAUUGAAUGGACUGAAGAGUACGACCAGAUUUUCUCCACAAGGAAGAAAACCAAAAAGCCUCUCCAGUCGAUUGGAAAGGCAGCUCAACCCAUUACCUCCAUGUCUGAACCCCCGGGAUCGGACACGAACGCACAUGACCACCCAUCCUUGAACUUGCUUCCUGAAAUACAGACACCACCUCCUGAGGAAAUCGUUGCAACGACGCCCUCUGAACUACAAAUUCCGAGCACUGAAAACACAGCUCCCCAAGAUGCACCCGUGCUUUCCAUCGACACACUGACCCCUCCUCCUGAAGCUGAACCCUCGCUGUCAGAAGGCCUCGUGAAAGACAGCGGAAACGCUCCUCUGCUGGAGAAGAAGCGGAAGAGGAAACCCACUCAGAAGAUCCUGGAGUACUGUCUGGAGGCAGAGGCUGCGACAGGCCCCAAGAAGAAGGUCAAAACACUGAAGAACAAUUCAAAUCCUGCCCCUCAGCCAGAUCCAGGGCCACCGUCUUUAAAAUCAAAGAGUAAGCAUCCUACAGCAUCCACCUCCACACUGACGACCCCAGAGGUUCCCACCUGCACGCCCACGCCCUCCAUUCAGACCAGUCUCACUCCCAGCACUCCGGCACCGACCACUCCUGCGCCAGCUCCACCCGAACCCAGCCGGGUGGAGGCAGCGUCAACGGACGUCGAGGCUCCUCAGCCAGAGGACAGUAAGGCACAGGAGGUCAAAAAGGACACCGCGGAGUCAGAGGGUGACCCGUCCAGCUUGGCUCACAGCUUCUCCUCCAUGAAGGACGACUUGUCGCUGUGCGACGACCCACUUUUACCCUCGAGGAAGAUCAUAGGGGACCGAGGAGGCCCUGCCUCCAUGAAGGAGAACAUAUGUCAGGUGUGUGAAAAGACGGGGGAGCUGCUGCUCUGUGAGGGUCAGUGCUGUGGAGCCUUCCACCUGCCCUGCAUCUCUCUGGCUGAGGCGCCAAAAGGGAAGUUCGUCUGUCCUGAAUGCAAAUCAGGCAUCCACACCUGCUUUGUAUGUAAAAAGCGCAGUGAGGAUGUGCGGCGCUGCAUGAUCCCCGUGUGUGGGAAGUUUUACCACGGGGAGUGUAUCGCCAGCUUCGCCCCGACUGCGCCUGUGAACCGAGGCUUCCGCUGCUCCAUCCACGUCUGCCUCACCUGCUUCAUCACCAAUCCCAACAGCGUGUCCAUCUCUAAAGGUCGUCUGGUACGGUGCGUGCGCUGCCCAGUGGCCUAUCAUGCUACAGACCUCUGCAUGGCAGCGGGCAGUGUUGUCCUCUCCAACAACAGCAUCAUCUGUCCCAACCACUUCACCCCCCGUCGCGGCGUCAAGAACCACGAACACGUCAACGUCAGUUGGUGCUUCGUCUGCACAGAGGGGGGAAGUCUGCUGUGCUGCGAGUCCUGUCCUGCUGCCUUCCACCGGGAGUGUCUGAACAUUGAGAUGCCUAAAGGCAGCUGGUACUGCAACGACUGCAAAGCUGGGAAGAAACCUCGCUACAAGGACAUCCUCUGGGUCAAAGUUGGGCGAUACAGGUGGUGGCCAGCGGAGGUCAGCCAUCCCAAAACCAUCCCAGAGAACAUCCAGCGGAUGAGGCACGAUGUCGGCGAGUUCCCUGUUCAUUUCUUUGGCUCCAACGACUACCUGUGGACCUACCAGGCCAGAGUCUUCCCUUAUAUGGAUGUGGACGCCAACAGCAAAGAAAAGAUGGGGAAAGGUGUCGAUGCCACCUACAAGAAAGCUCUGGAGGAGGCAGCUGUGCGAUUUCGAGAGCUGCAGGCAGAGAAGGAGCUUCGGCAGCUUCAAGAGGACAGGAAGAACGACAGGAAGCCCCCUCCGUACAAACAUAUUAAGGUGAAUCGUCCAAUAGGAAAGGUUCAGAUCUUUACGGCCGACCUAUCAGAGAUCCCGCGCUGUAACUGUAAGGCGACAGACGAGAGCCCGUGCGGGAUGGACUCAGAGUGCAUCAACCGCAUGCUGCUGUACGAAUGCCACCCACAGGUUUGCCCGGCAGGUGAACGCUGCCUCAACCAGGCGUUCACCAAGCGUCAAUACAGCCAGGUGGAGAUCUUCAGGACUCUGUCCCGAGGCUGGGGGCUCCGCUGCGUCCAUGACAUCAAGAAGGGUCAGUUUGUGAGCGAGUACGUCGGAGAGGUGAUCGACGAGGAGGAGUGCAGGUCCAGGAUCAGACACGCGCAGGAGAACGACAUCUGUAACUUCUACAUGUUAACUCUGGACAAGGACCGGAUCAUCGAUGCUGGGCCGAAGGGGAACGAGGCUCGCUUCAUGAACCACAGCUGUCAGCCGAACUGUGAGACGCAGAAGUGGACGGUGAGCGGAGACACCCGGGUGGGACUGUUUGCUCUCGUCGACGUUGCUGCAGGCACAGAGCUUACCUUCAACUACAACCUGGAGUGUUUAGGGAACGGGAAGACAGUCUGUAAAUGUGGAGCACCCAACUGCAGCGGCUUCCUGGGCGUCAGGCCAAAGAACAACCCUCCAUCUGAAGACAAGGGUCGGAAGCUGAAGAGGAGAGGCCACGGCAAGAAGAAGAACAAGGUGGUGGUGACCAAAGAAAGAGAGGACGAGUGUUUCAGCUGCGGAGACGGAGGACAGAUGGUUUCCUGUAAGAGACCCGGAUGUCCAAAGGUUUACCACGCCGACUGCCUCAACCUCACCAAGAGGCCUGCAGGUCGAUGGGAAUGUCCGUGGCACCAGUGCGACAUAUGCGGUAAAGAUGCGGCGUCCUUCUGCGAGAUGUGUCCCAGUUCUUACUGCUGCCAGCACCGCGACGGACUGCUCUUCAUCUCCAAGCUGGACGGUAAGCUGUCCUGCAGUGAACACGACCCCUGCGGCCCUGAACCGCUGGAACCGGGGGAGAUCCGAGAGUACACCCCUGAACCCAGAGCCCUGACCUCUGGGCUGGGCAUGGCCGUCAUCCCUGCCGCCACGGCUUCUAACGCAACCACCAAUCUGACCCCGACUGCCAGGAGGGCCAAGGACAGCAGUGCCGGCGCUGACGUGUGUGCUUCUGAGUCAUUUCCUGCUUUUUCCAUCCCGGUGCCCAUCACCAUACCUGUCGCUGCUCCUGCCGCCUCGCCUCCCCCCAGCAGCUCCGAUGCUCCCAGCAGCCCGCAGGCGUUCGACCUCCCGCACUACUCGCCCAUCUCUUCAUAUGAGGAGGAGAGGGACUACCACAAGUGGCCACAGGAGCAAAUCAGCAGCAAGGCUCAGUAG